AUGACUGAACUUGAUAUGCGCGAGCAAAUGACGGACGUCACGGCGUCAUGGCGUGUUUAUGAUGAAAUUAGCUAUAGAAAAGUGGAAUCAACUGUGCUGACUGGUGGUUUGACUCAAAUUCGAGAUGUUCGUAGUUCGGCAAGCGAUACAAUUAAACCUUUUGUUGCAAUAGCUCCAUGUGGAGGGCCAGUUGCUUUUGUAUAUAAGAGACCGUCAACGAACUCAAACGAUACUAAAUAUACAAUAAUGAUAGAACAUUUACCAAAACUUGCUGUGAAACCCAAAGAGUUCGAUCGAGGAAUAGUUAUUUUCGUCGACUGGACAAUCAAUGAAGAUUUAUUAUUAGUGACUGAAGAUGGUAAAUAUCAUAUCAUGAAUAUAUUCCAUUAUAACACAAGUAACGAUGUGUCAAAGCAACUGGGUGAAUCCGUUUCAGUCAUUAGUAGCGCAUGUACAUUCAAAACCAAUCAAGGCACUGGUUUAGUUGCUCUCGCCAAGAAUCAGGAAAGUUUCAUUACUGUUAAAAACGUCUAUAGUCCAAUUAUUCAAACGAUAUCACCUAGUGCUGAUCUUCGUUCAACAAUUUCUGCAUGGUGUGUUAUUGACCAUGCUGAGUUGACUAUAGCUUACGCCUAUGACAAUAUCAUAGCCACAUGUGGUACAACAUCUCGACGAGAACAACAAAUCAUUCCUGGUAUAACUGAUACGAUUGUUAAGCUAGUAUCAAGUAGCAAUUACAAAAGUAUAGCUGUACUGCGUGAUAAUGGAGAUGUGUUUAUUGGUUCGAGAGAAAAUAUCGGAAGUCCACAAUCAUUUGUAUUGAAAUAUUCAAGUAAUAAUGAUAAGGCAAAAAUCACCGAUAUUGCUUGGUCCGGCUCCGAUACAGUCAUUGGCAUUCGAGUUAAAUCAAAGGUUUGGUUUGAUUUAUUGAUCAUCAAUGGCAAACAUUCGCGACCGAUGACUGAAGAAAGUCGACAAGCAAUAUCCGAUGAUUUUCUUUAUUAUACAUCUCCUGUGUAUCUAACAACUGAAAUUGAUGGCAUUCGAAUCGCAUCGGGUCGAUCACUUGAUUUCUUUCAACGUUUACCCGACGAAAUCUACAACGUUCUUCAUCUACUAUCCGAUAGUCCUGGUGCUAAACUUUAUUCUGCUUACAUGAACUACAAAUAUGAAAAUCAAAUGGCUGAAUUGCUGUUAAAUCAAUUAAAAUCAACUCGAACAACCAAUGGGCUCGAAGAAGGUGUGAAACAAUGUAUCGCAGCAGCGUCUCAUGAACAUGAUUCAAAAAUCCAAAAGAUUCUUCUGAAAGCCGCACUCUUCGGUCGUUCGUUCCUAUGUGUUAAUUUAAAUCAACCGAAAACUUCCGUUCGUCCAACUGUAUCUGUCAUCAACGAUUUAUGUACAAAUACAAUUCGUAAUCUACAUCUAGUCAACAACUUACAUCACAUUGAUAUAUCCAUUCCAAUAACAUAUAAACAAUUUGAACUACUUGGAACACGAAUACUGAUCGAUCGUUUACUUCGACGUAAUCUGCAUGAAUUCGCAACACAUGUUACGAAAUUGUUACGUAUGCCACCGGAAGAAGGAGAAAAUCGAAUUCUUGUACAAUGGGCUGUACAACAACUCAAUGAUCCUGCGAACACCAAUGAAGAAGCUAUAGCUGAAUCGAUAAAAAAAAGUCUUGCCAAUGUUCCUGGUAUUCCAUUUAUAGAUAUUGUCAAAGCAGCAAAUCAAGCAAAGAAAUACAUUGUUGCUGAACGAUUAUUGGAUGUCAAAGUUAGUCUUAGCGAUCAAAUCGAUAUGUUGUUAACGUUAAAUAAACGAAAUGAAGCUUUGGACAAAGCACUUGCGUGUGGUGAUACGGAUCUAGCAAUUUUCGUAUUGAUGAGGAUAAAAUCAAGUGGUGAUGUGUCCCUAACUGACUUCAAUUUAAAAUUAGCGAAACUGAAAAAUUUACCGCUGAGCUUAUUGCUUCAAUGUUUAGAAGAACGUGAUCGAAAUAAUUUUCAUAAUGAACUGAGAAAGCAAAAUUCCAGCGAACGAGAACGAGUUGCUUACUCACAUAUUAUUCAAAGAUUCACCACAGCUAUCACAAUAUCGGAUCAAAGAAGUGAAUUGAUCAGUGCUUCAAAGUUGUUUCGCGAAGUGAAAAACGACACUGUUGCUCAGUUAGCCGAAGAUGAAGCUCGUUUAUUGAGCAAACAAGAUGAACUAGAAAAGAAGUUAUUUACAAUUCAACUGAAAAGUUUAUCGUUAGUUGACACAUUAGAAACAUUGAUCAUUCAAUACGAGAAAGAUGCUGACAUUCUUCGAAAGGAUUUCAACGUGCCUGAUAAGCGAUACUGGUGGAUUAAAAUUCAAGCAUACGCAAAGAAGAAUGCGUGGGUGCAAUUGUUAGAAUUCGGAAAAAAACAAACGUCACCCAUCGGCUACGAGCCGUUUAUUGAUGUUUGCAUUCGAUACAAACGAAUCGAUGAAGCUCGUCGUUUUCUUGAUCGAUCGGUUUAUUCGUUGAAACUUGAUGAAAAACGUCUUCCAUUCAUGUACGCAAAAGUUCAAAUGGUCGAUGAAGCAAUCGAAUCUGCAAUGAAAUUGAAAUCACUCGAUGCACUACAUUUCAUUGAAUCGACGCUUCAACUAGACGAAGCACGUACUGCUCGCGUUCGUCAAGCGAUCGAGAAAUUACACGGCUAUGGUGAUAAUCCAUUGAAACAUGUCUUCGGCUUUUUAUACCGCGGUAAUGCAGCGGAUGAUUGA